AUGUGGAAUAGUAUAAAAAUAAAUAAUGAUACUUAUAUGAUUUCUAUUAUACAUAAAAAUGAUACAAUCAAAGUUUUUUUAACUAAUCUUAUUGAAAUAUGGAUAGAAACAUUAACAAAAGAAAUUAUUUUAGACAGAUGUCGGAAAUUAAACCCACUUUUAAAUGUUGAAACUAUUGAUUGCUAUGAUAUUGCAUUGAACAUUUUAAGUAAUAUGUCAGAAUAUAUUGUGGAAGCAUCUAUAAAACAUAUAAAAUUACGAGCUCAAAUAGAUGGUGGUUCAAUAAAAUUUUCUGUAAAUUUAGAAAAAGGCACAUCUCAAGAUUUUUGGGAAAUUAUAACUAAACCUUUAUAUAUAUCAUCAAUGGAAAUUAUUCGUCAGCAUAAAUUUCUUUUAGAUUUAAUAAAAAAAAAGGAUAAAGAAAUUGCAGAAUAUAAAGCAGAAGGCGCUGAAUUAAUAAGAAAAAAUAUUGAAACAAAAUUUUUUACGGAGGAACAAUUUAAAAUAGAUAUUCCUAUACCAAAUAUUAUUGAUUAUACAAACACAUUCCAAAGAAUGAUGAAUUUUUAUAAUGAACUGAAUUUCUAUGAUAUAACAUUUAAAGAAUCAACAAGCAAUGAUCAUAAUGAAAUACAGAAAACAGAAAAAUUGAAACAGAAUUUAACAAGUUCAAUCCAGAAUGACAUUCCUAAUGAUAAUAAAAAUAUAUCUAAUAUUGAGGAUAUGAAAAAAAACACAGGAACUACAUUUUCAGAGAAUAAAAAGAAAAAUGUAACUAAUAAAAAAGUAAUUAAUAAAAUUGGAACUGCAAAUUUGACAUAUAGACCUGUCAAAAUAUUAAAAAAAGAACCUGAACAUCUACCUGAAAUGUUACCUAGACGAGGAAAUAAUAAAAUAAAAAGAAAAAGAUGUCGACAAUGCACUGCUAAUGGUUUACGAAAAGAAACAAAUUAUUUCUGUCCUGGCUGUAAAGAUAAUCCUGGUUUAUGUUUAGGAAAAUGUUUUAAAGAAUAUCAUAAACUUAUAUGAUAUUUAAUAUUGUGUAUUAGAUUUUAUUCAAUAUUUUAAUUUAUUUUUGCAUACACCAUGAUUUCUUUAUUUAGUACAUAAAAGAAUUUAUGUACUAAACCAGGUUCUGAUUUUUUUAAUAUAUGGAUUGUUUAUAAUAAUUGCUAUUUAUAAUAAUUUAUAAUAUUCUAUAUAAAAUAUAUAAAAUCUCUCUCUCUCUCUCUAUAUAUAUAUAUAUAUAGAUUAAUUAAAACAUUAUCAAAUUAAAUUUAAUGAAUUCAUAUAGGAUUUUAAGCCCUUUCCCUGGAUAUUACUCCAAUUGUAAAUAAAUCAAUUUAUUACAUUCAUUAAUUGUAUUAUAAAUAACAAAAUUGUAAAUUUUGAAAUAUAAAAUUGUAACGAUGCAUAAAUAUAAUUAUUUUAUUUAUAUGAGAUUUAUAAAAAGAAAAAAAAAAUAUGUAAUAGAAAAAUAUAUAAUAUUUAUAAAAAUA